CUGUGAUUUAUGGCUGCAGUCUCUUUCUCUCCAUCUGGCUCGCCUGUCCCUUCUGGACGAGUGGGGCAGGCUUGAGAAGAUACGAGGGCAGUGUCGUGGUGGCCACCUGGAGACUCUGACACUCGGGUCCCUGAAGUGAUCUCUGGACCCCAGACCCCAGUCCGCCACCAUUCCGUGCUGCGGGGACGCGAUGGCUGCGGAGGAGGAAGCCGGAGGGGAGGGCCUGGGAGGCAGUUUCUGGGAGGCUGGCAACUACAGGCGGACGGUGCAGCGGGUGGAGGAUGGGCACCGGCUCUGCGGGGACCUGGUCAGCUGCUUUCAGGAGCGUGCCCGCAUCGAGAAGGCCUACGCCCAGCAGCUGGCCGAGUGGGCCCGCAAGUGGAGGGGCGCAGUGGAGAAGGGCCCCCAGUACGGCACGCUGGAGAAGGCCUGGCACGCCUUCUUCACCGCAGCUGAGCGGCUCAGCGAGCUGCACCUGGAGGUGCGCGAGAAGCUGCACGGGCCCGACAGCGAGCAGGUGCGCGUCUGGCAGCGGGGCGCCUUCCACCGGCCGGUGCUGGGCGGCUUCCGUGAGAGCCGAGCGGCCGAGGACGGCUUCCGCAAGGCCCAGAAGCCCUGGCUCAAGAGGCUGAAGGAGGUUGAGGCAUCGAAGAAGAGCUACCACGCAGCCCGGAAGGACGAGAAGACAGCACAGACCCGGGAGAGCCACGCCAAGGCGGACAGCGCUGUGUCGCAGGAACAGCUGCGUAAACUGCAGGAGCGGGUGGGGCGCUGCACCAAGGAGGCAGAGAAGACGAAAAGCCAGUACGAGCAGACACUGGCUGAGCUGCACCGAUACACCCCACGCUACAUGGAGGACAUGGAGCAGGCCUUCGAGAGCUGCCAGGCCGCUGAGCGCCAGCGGCUCCUCUUCUUCAAGGACAUGCUGCUCACCUUGUACCAGCACCUUGACCUCUCCAGCAAUGACAAGUUCCAUGAACUCCACCGAGACCUGCACCAGGGCAUCGAGGCAGCCAGUGACGAGGAGGACCUGCGCUGGUGGCGCAGCACCCAUGGGCCAGGCAUGGCCAUGAACUGGCCACAGUUUGAGGAGUGGUCCUUGGACACACAGAGGACAAUCAGCCGGAAGGAGAAGGGUGGCCGCGGCCCCGAUGAGGUUACUCUGACCAGCAUCAUGCCCACAAGAGAUGGCACCGCACCCCCACCCCAGUGCCCGGGGUCCUCAGGCGGACAGGAUGAGGAGUGGUCUGAUGAGGAGAGCCCCCGGAAGGCUGCUGCCGGGGUGCGGGUGCGGGCGCUCUACGACUACGCUGGCCAGGAAGCAGAUGAGCUGAGCUUCCGAGCGGGAGAGGAGCUGCUGAAGAUGAGUGAGGAGGACGAGCAGGGCUGGUGCCAGGGCCAGUUACAGAGCGGGCGCAUCGGCCUGUACCCUGCCAAUUACGUGGAGUGUGUGGGUGCCUGAGUGCCCGGCAGCCCUUCUGCAGUCUCUUCACCCCGGUCACGGCCCAGCUGCUCCUGGACUGCCUGGCCAGAGGGCCCUGAACCAUCGCACUGCUGCUGCUCCUCCGUCCCUGGAUGAGGGAGGAGGUCCUGCGGCCCAGGGAGGGGAGACGUCUGUGCCAACUGAGUCUAGGCCGGGGGCAGGAGGUCGGAGGUGACAGAAGGGCUCAGGGCUGCCCCCGCCUCCCCAGGAGUGCGGUGGGUUUCCCCAGGAGCUGAGGACCGUUCUCUGGCCUCCUGGGGUGGACUUUGGGAAGUGUAGUUCUGGACUAGCCACACCCUCUUUUGUGACUUGUUCUAGUGUGUAUUAAGCUUGAAAAAAAUAAAAAGAAAGCUCGAUCA